CAGCAGUUCACAGCGAUUUCCACGCACUCACUUUACUUCGCAGCCCAUGCAAGAAUGGACAUUCAUACUCGAUAUGCUGCGUAUUCAAGUCUACCACCCGCUUCGACGAGCCAUGCUGCUGGACGAAAUAUUUUGACACCGUCUGUAAGAAGCAUAACGAUUGAAACGCCACUUCAAAAGAAAAAUCUCGGUCACUACAUUCAAAAAGACACAGAAUAUCAAAACAUUCUUAAUAAGCAACGAAAUGAGCAUAUACAACUUGCCAAACAAAAGAAAGGGGACAUAGAGAUGUACAAUAUCGAAAAAGACUAUCGACACCGCCUCCAAAGUCAUUAUUUCGGUCCUGGCUACCGGGGACCUGGCAACGUCCCAACCAACGGACCAAGCCAAAUCUUAUAUCCAAUGCAAAGACCGAAGCGAUUCAAAAGCAGCGAGCUUCGAGUAGGUGUCGCAUAUUCACGAGAGCAAAAUCAGAAGGAAGAAAGGCUGGUCCCCAUACGAAUUGAUUUAGAAGCAGAAGGAUAUCGCUUGAGCGACACAUUUACUUGGAAUUUGAACGAAACGGUCAUUACACCGGAGGCAUUUGCUGCGGUUUUGUGCGAUGAUUUAAGUCUACCUGCUCCCUUAUUUGCCACGGAUAUUGCCAAAGCUAUACGCGAGCAAACCGAAGACUACUAUCUCCAUGCUCCAACUAUAUCAGAAUCGAACGAAAAUUCACCACCAUGUCGUCAACUACAAGAAGCUGCCUCGUUGGGUCUGGAACUACGGACAGUUAUUAAGCUUGACAUCACAGUAGGAAAUCGUGCGUUGAUCGAUCAAUUUGAAUGGGAUAUUGCUAGCCAGAACAAUUCCCCAGAGCAGUUUGCUGACAUACUGGCCACUGACCUUGGCUUGGGCGGCGAAUUCAAAACUGCCAUUGCACAUUCGAUACGCGAACAAGUUCACGUAUAUAUGAAGUCACUACUUCUCACUGGGUAUGAAUUUGACGGAUCACCUGUGGACGAUGAUGAACUGAAGCAAGUUUUCCUGCCUCGGGUGAAAAAAAGUAUCAGAAAUGACGACGUGUCAGUGCAAUUCACUCCUGUUAUAUUACAUCUCACCGACCCUGAAGUGGAAAAGAUAGAGCGGGAUCGUAUGCGUGAAACAAGACGGAAGCGACGGCAAAAGCGAAGCCGUAGAGGAGUCACCGUGCCGGACAGAGAACCCCAAAAAACGCACCGUACAGGUCGAGCGUCUGCACCGCAGCUGGAGCUCAAUGAAGAUCAAAUGUUGGGCGAAUUAAGCGACCAAGGCACACCUGGAAAUUAUGGCUACACACAGACCAUGUCGAUGAGAUCAAGCACGUCCCAGCGAAAGAGUGCUCAACAAGCAAGAGCGAGCAUUGCUGCUGAUGCUGCCAUGAAUAACUCCCCAGGAUACCCCGUUUCAAGACACCCUGACCAUCUCUCCAUGGCUUUAGGAAUGGGCAAUCGAUUAAUGCUCACUGGGCGACCUACCCAUAGUAAUAGACCGUAUUGAACCGCAUUCACUAAAUAGUGCUCAUCAAAAAGCAUCCUGUUAUACAAUGUACAUCCCCCCACUGUUUUCCUAAAUUGUAUUAUUCAUUGACAAGUGUCGAGAGUUUAUUGGUGAAUAUGUAAAAGUGUUGCAGGAUGUCGGCAAGUCUAGAGAGAAAAGAAGCGUACAAA